GGAUUGGAGGCCUGAGAAGAAAGACGGUGCAACUCGGAUGCGACAUGAACGCAUCGUUAUUAUCAGGAAUAUGUUUCACCCAAAGGACUUUGAGGAGGAUCCCUUAGUGCUAAACGAAAUCAGAGAAGAUCUGCGAACAGAGUGUGAAAAGUUUGGUCAAGUAAAGAAGGUUCUCAUAUUUGAUCGACACCCUGAUGGCGUGGCUUCUGUGUCCUUUAAAGAAGCAACAGAAGCUGAUCUGUGCAAGCUCACCCUAAAUGGAAGGUGGUUUGGUGGCCGUCAGCUCAGUGCUGAAACGUGGGAUGGUGUAACGGAUUAUCAGGUGGAGGAGACCGCAAGAGAAAGGGAAGAAAGGCUCAAGGUGUGGGGAUCAUUUUUAGAGGAUGCUGAUGCAAAGGAGCAGCAAACUACAUCUGGUGCAGAUUGUGCAGCAAGUAGCGUUCAACUGCCUGAAGGCAGACAACCUUCGAAAGCUAACGACUCGUCUAAGGAAGAUGUAAAGGGUGAAGCCCAUAAGAGAGAGAAUAAUGGUGAGGGCGUUAAUGAAGAUGGUGCUCCUUCUACAGACAGCAGCCUUGCAGGCAGUGAUGUUGAAGCAGAUACAUAACAUCGUUAAUGCUUUAUGAAAGCGUGGUUUUUAGGGUGAUGUUUGAGUUUAUCCCUUUCUUCAGGGUGACUGCAGACAAUAUUCAUAUGAAUAUAUGCAUAUUAGAAUGUCAUCAACUGUGUGCUUUGAAGUUUUCAUUAAAAGCAGUAUUUAAUGAGAUUCUAAAAGUUUGUAUUAAUUGGCUGUUCAGGUAAAGUAGCUCAAGUUGCCAAGAAUGCAGUAAAACUCAUCAGGCUUCUUUUGUUCUAACUAUGCUUGUCAGUGUUUCAUUAUGUAAGUGUGAAAUAUGUUCCAACCCUUAAGUUUAAGUAACUAAAUGUAACUUAAGUAAUGCAAAGCUGUUACAAGAUUUGUGGAUUUUACUGUUAAUUCUCCUGUAGUCCUUGGAACUUG